CGGACUCCUCUUCGGAGUUACGCAGUUUACGUACGUAACUCCGUACGUCAGAGCACUUCCUGGUUGCUGCUGCAGCUGGAAAUGGCGGAGCUGAAAGAGGCGGACGCUUCUCAGCAGCACCAGGAGGACGGAGGCAUCAAACGUGAUGAAGACAUUGGAGAGGAAGACCCUGCAGGCGCGGCCCCCGCUGCAGAGCGCAGCGACGCUGCGGCUGACAGCGACUCCAAACCUUCAACCACGACCUCCGACAGACACAUCUCCAUCCAGACCAAACUGGAAGGACUGGAGAUGCUGGUGGACCUUAAUGGUGCGGGGAGGAAGUCCUGCCCUCUGUGUCCUGAGGAGAAGUUUAAAGCCUGUUACAGCCACAAGCUGCGGCGGCACCUGCAGAACCUCCACUGGAAGGUCUAUGUGGAGUUUAAAGGAAGCAGGAUGUGCAUCUGCCACCUGGCCUGCAGGAACCCCAAACCCAGCCUGAGUGGAGAUCAGGUGUCGGGUCGACACAUGGCCCACUUCCACUGCGUGGUGUGUUCGGUCACCAUCGCCCGCAAGACGGACAUGGUCAGCCACCUGAAGCGCCACUUCAACAAGGGCGAGACGGAGGCCAGCUACCCCGGCGGCUCGGACGCCCAGACGGAGGAGCCCGCGCCUUCGGGUCAGGCCUACGAGAUCCUGAAGGAGCUGGGCACCAACGUCCAGCUGCUGCCCAACCACAGCACCCCGCUGAAGAGCGACACGUACUUCAACCGGAAGAUGAAGCCCAACAGGCAGCUGGUGUUCUGUUCGCUGGCGGUUCUGGCCGAGGAGAGGAACCCGCUGGAGUGUCUGGAUGCUUUUGGAGCCACAGGCAUCAUGGGCCUGCAGUGGGCCAAACACCUCCGCAGCACCGUCAGAGUGACCAUUACAGACAUCAGCGACACCUGCGUCAAAAUGAUCAGAGAGAACUGCGAGCUGAACAACAUCCGGGCCGAUGGGGGCCCUCGAGGGCCGCGGGGCCCCGACAGGGCCGGCUGCGAACCGGAGACGGCCCCCGUCGCCACGGUGGAGGUCGCCAAGAUGGACGCUAAUGUCAUGAUGCACCUGCGGGCGUUUGACUACAUCCGCAUGGUUAACGAGCUGCCAACGCUAACGCAGAUUAAUCUGAGCGCUUCAACGUUACAUGUUCCUGUGACGUGCUGCAGGGCGGCGGCGCGCUGCAACAAAGGCAUUGAGGUUCUGCUGGCCGUGGCUUUGGAGCACUUUGUUCUGGUGGUGGUGAGGGUCCUCAGGGGCCCGACUCAAGCAGACGAGUCGGCCAAGAAACUCCGCAAACUGGUCCACUGCCAGUGGUGUGAGGAGAGAGUGUUCCUGAAACUGGGCAACAUGGUGGACGACACGGUUCCCUGUCACUGUCAUGGAAGUCUGCCUGGGAAGACGGCGGUGCAGCUGGGACCUCUGUGGGCCGGCCCUCUGUUCAACACCGGCUUCCUGAGGAGGAUGCUGUCUGCCGCCGUGCAGCACAGCAUGGACGACGUCCAGCCGCUCGUCAAAACGCUCAUCUGCGAGUCCGAGUGCACCACGCUCAAGUCGCUGGUGCACGGGUCGUCAGCGCUCGGUAACCAGGUGGAGUGUGGAGUCGUCAUCAAGACGCUGCAGAGCGGAGAGGAUGGAGGUCCGGCUGAUCAGGCCGGGAAAAGGAAAAGUGUGGAGGAUUGUGGGAACGUUGUGAAGAAGCUGAAGCCUGAUGCGUCUCUGGAUCAUCCUCCGUUCUACUACAGCAUCCACCGGCACAGCAUCCGCAGCAUGAACAUGCCCAAGUUGAACAAGUUCCUUCAGUACCUGACGGAGGCCGGCUUCAGGGUGAGCCGGACCCACUUCGACCCGACCGGGGUCCGGACCGACGCCACGCUGCAGCAGUUCAAGGCCGUCCUCACCAAGCACAGCGUGCCGACCGGCACCAACGCCGCCGGCGCCGGCCAGAGCGCCGUGAGCAACGAGAAGGCGGUCUGACCGGGGCGGGGAACACCGUUCUGCUCUCUGACCCGGUUCUGACCCGGCGCUGAUGGACCUUUAUUAGAGCACAAACUGAUGAGAAUCUAUUUAAUUGACCUAAAACCUGAUUUUAAUCGUUUCUUCUUUUUACCUUCAUUUCUCUCUUUAAAACUAAAAUAAAAAUCUUUCUGAAUUUUUUUUUUUUUUGCAGCCGUUUUAUAUUUCAGUCAAGAACCAAAAAUAAAAAAAGUCUGAGAGAACAGAUUUCUUCUCCAGCAUUAAAAUAAAAAAUGG